UUACACGUGACGCCUGCAGAGGGGAAGUGAUCUCAGGCAAGAUGGAUCUCGUCAGGUUCUUGCUGGGGCCUGGUUUCCUGCUGGGGGACGGAGAACAAGCCGCUGCUGGAGCCCCGGGAGCGGCAGGAUCUGGAUCGGCCUGCCCUGGGCGAGGAGGGGAGCGGCCCGGCACAGGAGCUGGUGGUCGCUGCAGCUGGCUACCAGGGCUAGGAACGGCCCAACUCCUCCCUGAGCCAUUCGCCCCCUCACUGUGUGUUGAGAUCCCUGACUCCCGGAGCCCUGAACGGGGAGAUGGUGGCAGAACAGGACGUCAGCGGGCAGAGAAGGAGCCAGGGCGCAGGCGCGGGAAGGCACAGCCCGUCAACUGUGGGGAUUGUGGGAAAAGCUUCAUGAAGAACUCAGAGUUAAUCAUACACCAGCGCACGCACACGGGUGAGAGGCCCUACCAGUGCCCUGAUUGCGGAAGGUGCUUUGCCACGCGCUCCAGCUUGGAUCGCCACCAGCGGGUCCACACCGAUGAGCGGCCCUUCCUCUGCACCCGCUGCGGGAAGAGCUUCAAGCUUAGCUCGUCCCUGAGCCGGCACUGGCGCGUCCAUGCUCAGAAGGGGCCCUGUUCCUGCGUUGAAUGCGGCAGUUGUUUCCAGCACAGUGCUGCACUGAUCCAGCACCAGGCUGAGCACCUGAACCAUGGAGACCCCACCAACGGACCUGUGAGGACACGGGUCUACAAGGACCCCUUCGUCGAGGCACGGGACCUCGAGGGGGAGGCUGGUGGGAUGUGGUAUGCUGAACCUGUGAAAGAGGAGAGUGGGUGAUGGAAUCUGCACUUGGGUUGUGGGUCUGGGCAGGAGAUGCUGGAGUGAGAAGAGAGCAGCUCUAAGGAAUGCAGGGGCUGAACCUGUGAUCUCUGGAUCUAAUAUCUGGAGCUGAGCUGUGAGGCAGUGUGGUCUAGGGCAGUGGUUCUCAACCAGGGGUAAAUGUAUCCCUGGGGAUAUGCAGAGCUCUUCCAGGGGGAACAUCAGCUCAUCUAGAUAUUUGGCUAGGGUUACAGCAGGCUACAUAUAAAGCACUAGCAAAGUCAGUACAAACUAAAAUUUCACACAGACAGAAUGAGAAAGUCAGCAGUUUUUCAGUACUCGUGUGCUGUGACAUAUUUGUAUUUGUAUGUCUGAUUUUGUAAGCAAGUCGUUUUUAAGUGGAGGUGAAACUUGUGCUUACGCAAGGCAAACCAGACUCCUGAAAGGAGUCCAGUCAUCUGGGAAGUUGAGAAGCACUGGUCUAGUGGACAGAGCACUAUAUUAGGACUUCUGGGUUCUCUUUUUGGCUCAGUGUCUGGCUUGCUAGGUGAUCUCAGGCAAGUAACGGCCACCUCUGUGCCUCAGUUUCCCCAUCUGCAAAAUGGGGUCAACGAUACUGUAAAGUUCUUUGAGAUCUUCUAAUGGAAAUCACUAGAUAAGAGCCGGGUAUAAUUAUAAUGACUGAAAAUUUUUCAUUUAAAGUUUAUUUGAAUUAAAUAUUUAAUUUUGGAUUAAAUGACGUUUUUCCAUGAAGAGUGUUCACAUUCGAUGGAAAAUGUUGAAUUUUUUUUGUUAAAGAAACAGAUCCCUGAAAACAGAAAAAUUUAAGCCAGAAACUGAAAUGUUUCAAUUUGUGUAUGUGCCCUAGUGCUUCCUGAGAGUUGUGGGUUGUUUGUACUCUUUGGACUACAUAUCCCAUGAUGCACUACCUCCUAUCUUCUAGGGGUGACCAUAGUACAUCAUGGGAGAUGUAGUCCAGCUGCCAGCCUAUGGAAGAGAAUGGGAGCAUGAGGCACCAUAACUACAACUCCCAUGAAGCAUUUCCAAAUUUAAAUAUUUUGUUUUGUCUGAAAUUUUGCCAAUUUUUGCUGAAAAAAACAUUUCCUUGAAAAAUGUAGGCAAGUGAUUUUUCCUCCUUUUCUCAUCAAAAACUUUAGGGGGAGAGAAAAAACUCCAUAACACUUUCCAUCAAGCCCUACCCCCAGUCCCCUUUGGCCUGAGCUAAUGUACCAGGCCCGUUAGCUGGGAGGCAGUAGCGUAACCCAUGGUGAUAUGUGUCAUCGCUCCCCCUCCUGUCCCUAAUCCACAAAGGAUAUGAGUCUGUUACAGCCCUGGUUAAAGGGGAUUUGGUCUUUGCUAUAACAGCUUAUAUUUUUCUAUUUUGAAGUCACUGGUGCAAUCCUGGAUGGUCUGACUGACAUUAGCAGCUGUGUGAUGUGAAUAAGCCACAAAGCAGCUGAUGGAGGAAAAAGUUAUGUUGAUUGUUUUGCUUCACAACAAACACCUCCGGGAAUUACUGCAGCCCUCAAGAUGCAAGCUGAUACAGAAUGGGGUUCCUUUCCCCCUGCUCAGCAGGAAUCAUUAACCAUCUCACACACUGAUUCCUGGCUCUGCCACCAACUUGCUGUGUGACCUUCAGCAAGUCAUUUUGCCACCAUCUCCCCUCCUAGUCCUUGUCUUAUUUAAACAAUGAGCUUUUGGGGGCAGGGACUGUCUCUCACUGUGUCUGUGCAGCACCUGGCACGAUGGGGGUCCUGAUCUCAGUCAGGCCUAUGCAGUGCCUGGCACGAUGGAGGCCUGAUCUCAGUGGGGUUAUGCGCAGCGCCUGGCACAUGGGAAGGCGGGGGGUGUGCCUGAUCUCAGUGAUGACCCUUUGCACUAGGAAUAUAAAUAAUAAAUUACAACUCCAUCCUGAUCCCUAAGAUUAGAGCCUUCAUGAUUCACAUCCCCAGCCUGGCUUUGAAUUGUCUAUAUCUAGAGGAGAAACUUUAUUUAUUUUAGUAUUUCUGUUUGUCUGUUCUUCUUUCAUUUAAGAGUAUCUGGGUAAAUUAGAGCUUGGCUCAGGAUUUGACACAUCUGGAGAGGAGUGGUUACUGACUCUGGCUUGAGAGGUGUGAGUUUCCUAUGUUGUUACAGAGACAAAAAGGGUGGAAUAUGUGAUGUCUUGAAGGCACUGGAGAGAUCAGGACUCCUGGGUUCUAUCCCCAGCUCUUGCAAGGGAGUGUGCUCUAGUUGGAUAGAGCAAGAGGACAAGGAGUCAGAACUUGUAGGCAGUCAGGCUGUGAUGUGCUGUGUUAAACUUUAAAAGUGACUUCUAUCAGUACCUCUCUUUCCUGGUCUGAACACUGAAGGUGAUAAGACCAACCUUCCUCCAUGCAGCAGUUUGAGAGCUAUGGCUGAAAUGUUCUAUGUCUGUGUAAAAUAAAUGCUCUGUAUGGAAGUGUUACGUGGUCCUAGGUUUAAAACACCAUGGCUCUUCAGUGUGUGUGUGUCUAACACACGUGUUGGUGAUGAAUGCAUUAGAACUAUUAACAUUAUGUAAAUUAAAUCUCCUCCCCUUGUUUGUCAGUUCUAGCUUUCUGUUAUCUGCAGAGGACUAGAGAUAGUUGGAAAUACGUUAUUAAAAUGUUUCCAUCAAAAAUGCCUAUUUGCUGAAACCAAAACUAUUUGUGGGAAAUUUUUACAAAUUUCUUGACUGAAAAAACAGAACCAUUCCAACCGUUUUCAGAUUGUUCAAAUUACUUGUUUUGAGAUUUUUUUAAAUUAAAAUUUUAAUUUUUCCAUUUCAAA